AUGUCGCUGAACUGUCAGGCCAUUGUAUCUUACCCGCCUGAGCAUAAGAGACCCUGGAAUGCUAAACUCGAGGAUGUUUCUAUUCGAGAUAUUAAACCAGACGAAUGCCUGGUGGAUAUUGUGGCCAGUGGAAUCUGCCAUACAGAUCUAGGAAUCGCAUCGCGACCGGAAUCUAUUUUCCCCAGAGUCCUGGGCCAUGAAAGUGCGGGGUACUUGAGAAAAAUCGGCUCGGAUGUGCCCAGGUCGCCAAUGAACCUGAAGGAAGGGGACCCUGUUCUCCUAUCCAUCGCGUUUUGCGGUGCUUGCCCAAGUUGUCGGGCCGGGCACCCCUCUUACUGCUACGACGCUUACGGGUUAAACUUUGCCCACCCAGGCUGUGACAGCUAUCAAGUGAUCCUAGCACCUGGGCAGGAUACUACAGCCCAUGUGGUAGGCGGGUUCUUCGGCCAGUCAAGCCUCGGAAGUUUGGCGGUCGCAAGGGCAAACUGUAUUGUCAGCCUAGCCGGAAUCGUGAAAUCUAGGGAAGAACUUCAACUUUUCGCUCCGCUUGGGUGCGGAUUUCAGACCGGGGCCGGCACUGUUUCGAACCUGGGGAAAGCACAGCCGAAUGACUCGGUUGCUAUCAUUGGCCUUGGCGGGGUUGGACUUUCGGCGGUCAUGGCCGCGAAGAUUAUCGGCUGUCGACGUAUCAUCGCAGUCGAUCGUAUCCCGGAUCGAUUGUCGCUUGCGACAGAGCUGGGUGCCACUCAUGUGAUUCAUACUGGGGAACUUACUACUAGCCUCACGGAUGCUGUUAAGUUGGCAACGGAAGGAUUGGGCUCCUCUCUCACUAUUGACACGACAGGAGUACUUUCAAUCAUCCGUGAGUCGCUGGACAUGACUAGUGUCCUAGGCCGAAUGGUUCUACUAGGAAUGGCAAAGGACUCCCUCGAGAUAGAUAUGACAAAAUUCAAACUGGCCGGAAAGACUCUUCUUGGGAGUGUGCAAGGGGAUGUGAUUCCGUCAAAGAUGAUUGAGUGGUAUCGGGCGGGCAGGUUCCCAAUCGAAAAACUCGUGCGCUUCUACAAGCCUGAGGACCAUACCACCGCUAUACAGGAUAUGAAAGCAGGACAUACGGUGAAGCCCAUUAUAAAAUGGUAG